GUUCAGUUAUUGACGCCUUCAAUCGACUCAUAUUGAACAUUGACACUUCCCCAGAAAUAAAUCUAUACAAAUGGCGCCCGUGACAGAAGCAGUGCUGACCAUUUCCUUCGGCGAGGGUCCGCACUGGGACGACGAUGAGAAAGUUCUGUACUACAUGAACUUUUUGGAGAAUUCCAUAAACAAAUAUAACCCGGAAACCAGAGAGAAAAUCAAGACGGAAAUCGACCAGUUUCCUAACACAUAUACUUCGUUCCUCAUUCCUAUCGAGGGCAAGAAGCAUCGCUUUGUCGGUGCAUUAAAACGCGACAUAGUUGAAAUAGAAUGGAAAGGUGACAAGGAAAAAGCGGUGGUGGUAAGAACAAUUGCCAAAGUUGAUCAAAAUAAACCAGAAAAUGUCAUAAAUGACGGAAAGGCGGACCCUAGAGGUCGACUGUUUACAGGAACAUUUGGUUUUAAUCCGUCGGGUAAAAAUCUAAACGAGCUGAUACCGCCUGAAAGAGGUUCUUUAUAUCGUAUGGAUGCAAACGGAGAGAUACACAAGUUGGACGAAAAUAUCACCAUCUCCAACGGACUGGCGUGGGACAGAAACGGAAAGACUUUUUACUACGUUGACUCAGUGGACGGCAUUAGAAAAUACGAUUACGACAUAGAGACAGGAAAUAUAUCAAACUGUCAAAAGUUCUUCGUACCGAAAGAUCACGGAAUCAAAGGAAUGUGUGAUGGCCUGACCAUAGAUACGGACGACAAUCUCUGGGUUGCCGUAUACGAUGGAAGCCUGGUUUUGAAGAUAGACGGAAAAACCGGUGCAAUACUACAAAAAAUCGAAAUUCCGAAAAAAGAGGUGACGUCUCUGGCGUUCGGUGGACAGAAACUGGACAUCCUCUACGUCACCACUGGCAACGACCGCAAGAAGAAAAUUGAGAUCGAGAAGGGGGCGGCGCUUUACGAGAUCAAAGGCCUAGGGGUUAGGGGAUUUCCCGCCUUUAAAGCUAAAAUCAAUUAA